AUGUCUCUGAAGAACACUUCAAACGGGAGCUUGCAGAUUGUUUGCUCCUCUAACCGAUCGCCUGUCUUGGAGAGUGGGACUCUUUAUAAGUCUCUCUCCCUCAGCAGCAGUCAUGUGAAUGACAGGCUCAGUAGUGGCAAAGAUGGUCAGGACGAGAAAGGCAGCGACCACGCCCCGUUCCUGGACAGUGGCAUGGUGUCUCGUCCCUGUCGGAAACCGGUCAGGAUGGUGAGGCCUGUAAGUGCCCUCAGCCCGGCAACUUCCUUUAUCCAGAUCAGUCGCUUACAGGGAGAACUGGUGAGGAAGAGAAAGGAAUGUGAGGAUUUGAAGCAGCAGAACAAGUACCUGACCAGCGAGAUUCACAUGGAGAGGAUAAUGAUGAGGACGGAGAGUGAGCUCACAAUGAGGAAUCUGAGAAACCUCAACCAGGAGCUCCAGGCACAGGUUAAAGAGUUGAAGCAGAAGCUCCACGCCUGCCAGCAGAGGGUGAGCCUGUGCACCAGGGCAGCUGGAGAUGCAGAUGUGGCCAGAUGUGAGGCAGAGAGGAGCCGGGCGCAGGCCGAGGCUCGGGCGAAGGAUUCAGAGGUGGAGAAAGACUUGGCACUGGCGGAGAAGGGCAAGCUGACGGAGGAGCUGCAGCAUCUGAAGACCAGGCUAAACGAUGUUCAGCAAUUGCUCAACCAAGGAGAGAAGAACUACUUUGAAUGCAAACUAAAAUUAGACAAGAUUUCGGUAGAAAGACAAGUUCUUCUGGAAGAAAACCGAGACUUAGAACACGAGAGGAAUGAACUGCGACACAAAUUGAAGGAGCUCACUGAGCAGAAUGUGAAGCUCAAAGAAAAGGAGGUGAGCUCCAGGCGCCGGGCCCUGUCGGCUGAGGAGGCGAGCGAGCAGGCCGUGAAAGCGAGGCUGGAGGCGGAGCGCGAGAAGAGGCUGCUGGAGCACGAGAGGCAGGAGAGGAUGGCGGAGGGCCUCGUGUGGAGGGAGAGACACCAGGCCUUGGCCGACGUCCUCAAGGCCCAGGAGGAGCUAUACUCCCAGAGACAGAACAAAGGAUGCCAGGUGAAUAUCAAGAGUUAUUUCUUAUGUGUGACUGAAAAUGACCAGAAAAUUAAAAUCCUGAAAAAUCAAGAUGGGACUCCAAGACAUUUGAUGGAAGGAGAACCGGUAUAUUUUUCUACACCUGACACAGUAGCAGAAGAGCCGGGCAGAAAUCAAGACAGACUCUUAUACAGGAUUACUGCUCCAAGUUCAAGCUCUACAAGAGGCUCAUCACCAGUUCAUUUUAGCGAACUCUUGCCUCAAGGAGUUCCAGAGAUGGGAUCAGCACGAAGAACAACAAAAGUAGUAGAGUAUUUUUGGCUGCCAGCAGAAGACUGAAUGACUGCUUUUCAUUGGGUUAAAGCCUACAAAUGCAUUAGACUGGCAUGUAACAAAGGACUUAGACCUUUGAAAAAUACCCUUUUUUAAAUACAUUUGAAAGAAUCAAACUGUGUGGAUACAAAACCGCCAAACCAAAGUCAUCUAUGUUUGGUGGUUAGGAACAUUUAGCAUUUCAGCUUCUUACACACCUUUUCCAAGCUUUUGAGACUUGAAAUAAAAUUACAUUUAUACCUUAGUAAUUGUGAAACUUUAAUCAUGUCUGUAACUGUACGCUGUUACAAUCAGUGGAAGAUUGCUUAUUUCAUUUGAAAUACCUAGCUGUACAAAGUAUAUAUUUUCCAAGGAUGAAAAUAUACACAAUUGUAUAUACCCAUCCUUUGAUUAUAAUGAAGCUUGAAGCUAUCAAUCACGUUGAGUACUCCCAAAAUCAAAUAUUGUAUUGAAUACACCGGGAACUGCUUGAGUUGUAAAAUGAGGUCAGAUAUUUUCAGUGAUUAGCAUUAGACUGACUUCAUCACUCCACCAUAGUUCAAAAGGAUGACUGCUCAUAAAUACCAGAAGUGUUGUAACUGUUGCUUAUUUUUAUUAGGCGUUCCAGAGCAGUCAGGUUACACAUUCCUCUGCAUUGGCCAUUUAAUAAAGGAAUAGUAACAAUAAGGCUAAUAGUUUUCAGGGAAAUAAUACAUUUGAACUGAUUUAAAAGGUUUACAAUCCUUAUUUUACAGUAUGGCUGG